AUGACCAAGAGCAUAGGAGAAGGCAGUGGAAGCUUGAACAAACCAGAAAAUGGUGAAGAAGAGAGUACUGAAGAAGACAUUGAUAUUGAUGGUAGAAGAAGAAGAUUAGAAUUUGAAGAUAGUGCUGAUGAAUCAGAUAAGGAGAUUUAUGAGAGUGACAAUGAUGCUGUUCUAAAUGACAACAACGAAUUUGAUGUAAAUCUUCGGUCCAACUUUGGGAGAGUAGGAAAUAUUUAUCUCCCUAAAGAUUUUGUGGCUGCUGCUUGUGAAGAAGACAGUGAUACAAACUCUGAGAAAGGAUUUGACUCUCCUAAUUACUCUUCAAAUGAGGAAGGUGAAAGAAUGAGAAAAUUUCCAGAGUUUUGUAAGUUUGAUUUGGAUAACCCUAAAUUUGAGAAGGGAAUGUUAUUUGGAAGCAAGGAAGUCUUGAAAAAAGCUGUGAAAAAUUAUGCAGUGCAAGGCAAUUAUCAUAUUAAAUUUGUGAAAAAUGAUAAGAGGAGGAUAAUUGCACAAUGUAAAAAUUACACGUGGAAAAUGCAUGCUUCUUUUAUGCAGCUUGAGCAAACCUUGCAAAUCAAGACAUUUAUUAAUAAGCACAUUUGUCAUCGAAACCCUACUAACUCAUAUGUGAAUUGUGUGUUCAUUGCUCAUAAGUACUUAGAUCGUAUCAUGGAUGAGCUUGAUAUAAAGUGUAGGCAUUUGAGGAAGGUAGUGAAGAGGGACUUAGGGUAUAAUUUGUCCGAUAGUCAAUGUGCAGGAGCUAAGAACAAGGCCAAUGAGAUAAUAGAAGAGACUUAUAAGGAGCAAUACUCAAGGUUACGAGAGUAUUGUGAUGAGGUUAGAGCAACUAAUAUUGGAAGCACAAUGAAAAUAAGGGUGGAGCCUCCUCCACAUUUUCAGAGGCUUUAUUCAAUUGUUAGCUGCAGUGGGGUUGAUGUUAAUGAUAACACGUAUCCCAUUGCAUAUGCUGCAGUGGAGUGGGAAACAAAAGAGACUUGGAGUUGGUUUUUGGAGUUGUUGAUUGGUGAUCUUGGUCCUGCAAGUGACCAUGGUUGGAUAUUUAUAUCCGAUCAACAAAAGGGACUAGACAGAGCAUUUGGCAUUGUGGUGCCUCAAGCCCAGCAAGAUGGUGUGUUAGGCACAUGUAUGGGAACUUCAAGGACAAGUUCAAAGGCAAGGGCCUAA